AUGAAGAGGGACAAGAAAGACGAAGAAUCCAGCGGCAACCCAUUCGCUCAUCUUGAUAAAACAUCAGUUCUUCAGGAGGCUCGUGCUUUCAACGAGACACCGAUAAACGCGAGGAAAUGCAGCAUUAUUCUCACGAAACUCUUGUACCUGAUUCAGCAGGGUAUGUUGCAGUUCUGGCUUGCUUCCGCAAAACUAUUUUUUGUUGUUUCAUUAGCGCAAUAUUAA